UACUGCGUAUGCGCUGGAUCUCGAGACGUCGCAGCCUGUGCGCCCGUUUGCGAUCCUGCGCCCGUAAAGAUUAGUUUCCGAUUAACACGAUCAAGGUGCUCUGCGAAACUGUGUGUGGAUCAGCUUGCAUUUUACGUUCGAUUUUUUUUUUGGCAUACUGUCGGUUUUGGCUCCUCUCUCUUUCUCCUUUUCUUUCUCUCGUGUAAUUCCAGUUCUUUCCCCCCCCUGCUCUUAUUUUGUUUUUUUUUGCUUUAAACGCUUCUCUCCGUUCAAUCUGUCUUUUUUCAAUCCUUUACUAAUUCGAGAAGAGCUAUGCCCGCUGCAUUCUUGCUGACGUCCAUAUUCCUGCUCGAGCUCGCCUCGGCGGCACUCGACGCCAUCGGCUACGGCGCCCUAGCCUCGUACCUUUGGUCAACGUACACGCAGCUGACAAACAACCAAAAGGCGAACCAACGGCUGACCCUGCGUAAAUCAAUCACGGAUCUCCGCUCGCAGCUGAGCACAAUCAGCUCCGUCGAUGAGUUUGCCAAAUGGGCCAAGCUACGCCGCAAGCUCGACGCCGCCUCAUCCUCCUUUGAGCGCGUAUCCGGCGACCUGGCCUUGGAGAAAACUGCCUUUGAGCUGUAUAUUAACUUGCUUAUGCGCGUUUUCAUUUAUGGAUCGAGGACUGUGUUGAGUGUUUAUAAUUAUCGUACGGCUGUGUUUUACGUGCCGGCGAAUUGGUUUUAUCCGGUUUUGUGGUUUUUGUCGUUGCCUGGUGCGCCCAUGGGGUCGGUUAGCGUGGCUGUUUGGGCAUUUGCUUGCAAUCGGGUUUGCAAGCGCGGGGUGGCCACUUUGGCCCGUGUGUUUGCACCUGUUGCCGAGACGAACAUGCCGGCGCGGCGAAAUGAGGAGAACGGACAGGAUGGAGCUGGUGGUGUGCGCCAACAGGUUGCUUACUAAAUGCAAGUGAUUUAAUUAUUAUUCGGCGUGUGUGAUGAUGCUGCGCCGCCACUUUCCAAAAAAAAAAUUUAUUGUUUGUUUAUGCGACCUGACGACGUCAUCAUCACGCUUGGGCUUUUCGCUGCAGUUUGAAACGAAAAGGGAGGGGGAG